CCAAACAGCGCCCACUGAUUGGUCAAAACGCAGUCAUCUUGUAAAAAUAACUCGAUUUGCAUUCCGUAGAUUUUGUCGUGAAAAUUGCAUUUUUACGAUCAAAAUCUCGUCGAAAGUGAAAAUUCCUGUGAAACUUGAAUACCCGUGAGUGUGCUUCAGCUGCGGCUAGCAAAAUGGUUACGUUUCGCGACGGCAGAAAGUUGCGAGCGUCAAUGUUUUAAUUGACUGCGGAAUCCAUAGUUUUUUCGCCCUAUCAUCACUGCCAUCCACAGAGCAUAAAAUCCCGUUUUCUUCCACCCGAAGCUAUCGAUAAAAUUUUUACUAGUCGAACUGGAUCUGGGAACAACUUAAAGCAGGAAGUAGGAUAUAUAGCACAAUUUAAAGGGAGUUUGUCGCCGAAGAAGAGCGCCGUAGGCCGGACAAAAAAGGCUUCCUCGCUCUUUUGUACGGCCCAGGUUCGCAGUAAAAUUUGCAAAGAUAGAUACCGUGUGGGGUUGGGCCUCUGCCCCGCUGCGUCUAGCGGCCAACAGGAUGGGCGACGUAUUAAUUUCUGACCGUCCUCCAUCUCCGGCAAGACUGUCCCACACGUCGGAGAAGCAUCCGCGUGUCACGCUAACCGAACUGAACGUCCUCCGUCGACAUCGAGAGCUGUGCGAUGUGGUAAUCAAUGUCAGCGGACGGAAAAUCUUUGCUCAUCGGGUAAUCCUGUCGGCAUGCAGUCCGUACUUUCGGGCCAUGUUUACAGGAGAGCUGGAAGAAUCCCGUCAAACCGAAGUGACUAUCCGGGACAUUGACGAGAAUGCGAUGGAAUUGUUGAUCGACUUUUGCUACACCUCCCAUAUCGUGGUAGAGGAAUCCAACGUCCAAACAUUACUUCCAGCGGCAUGUCUUCUGCAAUUGGCGGAAAUUCAGGAUAUCUGCUGCGAGUUUUUGAAACGUCAACUGGAUCCAACGAACUGUUUAGGUAUACGGGCAUUUGCCGAUACGCACUCGUGUCGUGAAUUGCUUCGAAUCGCGGAUAAAUUUACUCAGCACAACUUUCAAGAGGUGAUGGAAAGUGAGGAGUUUUUGUUACUUCCGGUUGGUCAAUUAGUAGACAUUAUAUGCAGUGACGAGCUCAACGUUCGAUCGGAAGAGCAAGUGUUCAAUGCUGUGAUGGCAUGGUUAAAAUACAACGUGGCCGAGCGUCGACAACAUUUGGCGCAAGUUCUGCAGCAUGUUAGAAUGCCUCUGUUGAGUCCUAAAUUUUUAGUUGGAACUGUAGGAUCGGACCUUUUGGUACGUUCCGACGAAGCCUGUCGUGAUCUGGUAGAUGAAGCGAAAAAUUACUUGUUGCUUCCACAAGAGAGGCCUUUGAUGCAGGGACCACGGACGCGCCCUAGGAAGCCAACCAGACGAGGGGAGGUACUGUUUGCCGUUGGUGGUUGGUGUUCAGGAGAUGCCAUCGCUUCAGUCGAACGGUUCGAUCCGGAGACGGCCGAUUGGAAAAUGGUUGCCCCUAUGAGUAAGCGGCGCUGUGGUGUCGGUGUUGCUGUGCUGAACGAUCUUCUGUACGCUGUCGGAGGACAUGACGGGCAAAGUUAUCUGAACAGCAUUGAAAGGUACGAUCCGCAGACUAAUCAGUGGAGCUGUGAUGUUGCGCCAACAACUAGCUGCCGGACCAGUGUUGGUGUGGCAGUUCUCGAUGGAUUUCUGUAUGCCGUUGGUGGUCAGGAUGGAGUGCAGUGUCUGAAUCAUGUCGAACGGUACGAUCCGAAGGAGAACAAGUGGUCGAAGGUAGCCCCCAUGACUACACGCCGUCUAGGCGUGGCCGUUGCUGUGCUGGGAGGCUACCUAUACGCCAUUGGUGGCUCCGAUGGUCAGUGUCCGUUGAACACGGUGGAACGCUACGAUCCCCGACAGAACAAGUGGUGCGCUGUUAGUCCGAUGUCGACCAGGCGGAAGCAUCUAGGCUGUGCGGUGUUUAACAACUUCAUCUAUGCCGUCGGUGGCCGAGAUGACUGCAUGGAACUGUCGUCCGCGGAGCGCUACAACCCGCACACGAAUUCAUGGAGCCCGAUUGUGGCUAUGACGUCUAGGCGAAGUGGGGUCGGCCUGGCGGUGGUAAACGGGCAACUCUAUGCCGUGGGCGGCUUCGACGGUACAGCCUAUCUGAAAACCAUCGAAGUGUACGAUCCAGAGACGAACCAGUGGCGCCUGUGCGGUUGCAUGAACUACCGACGGCUUGGCGGUGGUGUAGGCGUUAUGCGGGCUCCGCAAACCGAGAACUAUAUGUGGAUACGAAAAGAUUCUGUUGUUUAACAUUCAUACACACUCGAACUCGACUAGCUUGAGAAUUAAACUAGUAAGUGAGAUCUGUCGCACACAUUUGCGGACGAAUAAAUUAUUGAUUAGCUUUUUUCGGGAACGGCAGAAAUUUGUACGGCUACGGCUAAACGAGUUUGAUCAAAUUCAGGGAACCAUCAAAUACAAACAAACAAACAAACAAAAACAUAUGGAUAUCAACGCAAAGCGUCCUUCUGGGGAGUCUGAUGCUCUGAAUUCCUUCCCACAUUGAUCGUGGCCGUUACGAAAUUUCGCAGUGAUAAUCAAAAACAAACAGGCAUUUUAAACGGCAAAAAAACAAGUAAAAAUUCGUUUUAAAAGUACACCUAUCAUAAAUUGUCAUCAGUCACCAUAUGAACAGAAAACUGCACUUGCACACGCUAGAUGUUAGUGAAAAAAAUUACACUAAUUUAAUUCGAACAUUACGUUAGGCACGCCCACAUCGUCUAUAUAGUGUAUAACAGCCACAAGUUCUGAUAGCAACAGUGAAACACCGCGGGAACUUGUGCUGGUUAUGCAAUUAAAUUUCGAUUUGUGUAUUUCGUUUAGAUUCUUUUAUUAUUUCCAUCAUGCGCUGAAAUGUGCUGCUGUGUUCCAUCAGUGUAUGUGUGUUAUAUUGUUUACAUGUUUACAUCAGAAAUUCAUGCACUAUGUGUGUAACAUAAA